UCACGAAACGUAACGAAACUUGCCUUGAAUAAACCAGGAAGUAAAUAGCUCGAGUUAUGCAUACAUGAGGCAUACCGAGGACCCAGCUUUCGGCUUGACAGGUUGUCAAUAUCAUGGCUAACUUUAACGCUUCGAUUCGAGGUAUUCUAUCAGAGGUCGAUGCGUUUUUCAACGAGACGCUGCGUAAUGAAAAGGUGUCACGUAAGGCCCUACUUCAUAAGGAGAAACUACUGGACGAAGUCCACAAGCUCCGACAAGCCUACCCAGAACUACUUUCGACAUCUGUCGGUCCUAUCCGAAUUGACGCUGAUGACUUAAUUCCGGAAGUUCCAGCCAGAACUCUCAAAGACAUCACCAAGGCGGGCUUCCUGGAGAAAAGAAGAAAGAAAGAGACGCUCUUCCACCGAGGUAGUUACCAAAGGCGGUACUGUGUCAUCCAAAACAGCAUCUUCUAUUACUUCGGCAACUUCACAGAUAAGAAACAGGCAGGAGCCUUCAGCCUCGCAGGCUACAAGUUCAGAAAGGCUGCUUACCUCCCCGAGGAAAGCCACAAGAAAGAUCUGAGUUUCGAGCUGUCAUCGCCAGGAAAACGUUCUUACCAGUUUUUGGCAGAAAAUACGCAGGAUUUCAAAGAAUGGAAAGAGGCCGUGGAGAAAAACAACUCAGACUCUGAAAAGAAUAAUAAAAAAAAUAAUAAUAAGUCGGAAGCAAUGUCCACUCCUAAAGGAGAGUCUGAGUUUGUGAAAGACGACAGCGACGAUGACGAGUAUUACGUCGCUGUGCCCGCCGACAGAGAGGAGAACAACAAUAAACAACAUGAUAAUGACAGUGAAGACGACAGCGAUGAUGGACAAAAUUAUGAGGUCGUUUUACCAGAUAAAGAUGUUGAUAGAAAUGGAACUAAACCAGAGAGUCCAAAGCCUCCCCCUGUGCCAAAGAAAACGGCACCAAAGAAAAAGGCACCGAAGAAAACGGCAAAGACAUCUAUAACAAAUCGUGCCCCCAUGCGACCUCCGCCGUUACCUAAACAAAAUGCCAAAACUAAACCUACAGCUGAUAACGGCUUGUACGAAGACUGUGAUACUAAGUCGGAUGACGACGAGAACUACGCCGACCCGAUGGAGUACGGCAAAGAAUCUGAUGAAGAUUUCGACGAUGAGGAAAACUAUGACGAUGUUGAAAGUACUUUGAAGGACCCUGCUGCUGAAAAAACACCCGUACAGGAUGAUGAUGACGAUUUGUAUUAUACCGACGUCAUUUCCGGAAAAGCACAAGAGGAAGUGACGCAUUGAAUUUACCCGGACCCUAUUUCGAGGUUUGAAAAUAGCACCCAUUUUAAAAGGCCACGAAUCGUGUGAUCAGAUACGAAUCAGGAAGUUUGAAGAGUUUGAGGUACACAAUGCAGGGUAGAUGGGUGGGGACACGCACGUGCAUGAACCCCCUGCACCCACGCCCUCUCCAGUGAUAAACGUGCUGUUUCUAUGCCAACAAUGGUUUUAUAGAUAGUGAUCUGAUUUGUGAUGUUAUACUUCCUUGUUACAUUGUAUAGAUAUGUGUUUGAGACUUUUUUAUAUACAACACUGAUCUGUGGUGUCUGCAGUCAACAAUUAAUGCUGGCAAUAAAUCGUGGUUGGACAAUAAGUGCAGAGCGGGUCCAGGAUGUUUAAAGGGGGAGGGGCGGAGGGUGAUAAAAUGUUCACAACGUCAGGUUUUGUGGUUCAUUACAGUUGGUAGGGUAAGACGAAAGAUUUAUCAAAUUAAAUAUUUAAUAUGUUUCUAAUACCCUGAUUACAGUCAAAAGCCAGCUGGUGUUCCAACCACACCACUACCACCCCGUCAUUCUAGGGGUCCCCGCAGGGACAUUUCCUCACAGGACGGUUUCCAACUGAAAGUGUUUCCCCACCCACCCACUUUUUUUUAUCCCCCGCCGAACAAAGUUGGCGAGGGAUAUAGAAACGGGCUCCGUACGUGCGUCCGUCACGUUUCGUUUCCGGAGCAUAACUCAGAAACCGUUCAAUAUUUUUUCAUGAAACUUUGCAGGUCUGUCAAGUACAUGCUGAACUGGUGCCUUUUGCUAUUUAGAAAUUUUAGAAAUGUUUAUUCUUUACGUUUCCAUGGCAACAAGAUGGUCUUAGGUUCCAAACUCUUCAUUUUUUUACAAUUUCCAUGACAAGUUCCAGCUCGGUUAAAUAAGGAUAGGGUUUGUUAAGAUUUAAUUAUGUCAUAAAUCUUGCAACAGGGGCGGGGGAUAUAGACACGUUAGUGGCAAACUCUUGUAAGGAACUGAAAAGAGGAAGUUUGGUGGAGGAUGCAAGGCCUAUUUUGAGACGGUGUUUUUCUUACAUUAACCACUAAUCAUAAGAGGACAUUGGAAGCGAAUAUUGCCAGCCUGUAGACUGUAGAUGGGAUCAUGGAGGUAUUUGUUAAUCAUCGGAUGUGACCGUGUUGACAGGAUCUUUUUAGGAACCGACCUUUAGAUAUCCAUAGGGGCCUGGAAUUUUAUCGAAAAAAAAUAAUUGUCCAAGAAUAUGAUUGAAAAAAAUAAUUAUGCUUCAGAUUGUUGUUUAAAAGAAAUAGUCUUUUACAAAAAAAUAUAUACAUUGUUGCAAGAUGUAUUGGUUCUUGCGGAUACCAAAGGUAACAUUUUAUUGUUAGAGGAAAUUGGUAGUGAAUGCUUAAUAUCAUGUAGAUAUUAGGAUAUCGUCUUUUUAUAUCCUUUUAUUCUCUGUGGGUAAUCCUUUCACGCUGAUGGAAGAAAGUCAGUCAAGCAGUUCACACAGUCUAUGUCAUAGGUGAUCAGACUUGGUUAAAAUUAGUCUUUAUCUGUGACAGAUUCUAGCUGGUGACAUUUUAGUGAACUUCACAAAUGCUGACGAAUUUUAAUAUUCAUAUUAUUAUAUUUUGUCAGUUGUAAAUAAAACUGUGAUAUAAAUGCUAUGUUGUCUGUUUUAUAUAAUUUUGAUAAUAUAUUCAAUGUGGGAAAAAUUUCAUAUGGGGAACUUGCUAUUUGGGGUAUUGUCCGCGUAGGAAAUUGUCCUGUGGAUAAAUGUCCGAGUGGGACAUUGUCCUGUGGAUAAAUGUCCGAGUGGGAAAUGUUUCUGUGGAUAAAUGUCCGUGUGGGACAUUGUCCUGUGGAUAAAUGUCAGAGGGGGAAACUGCCCUGUGGAUAAAUGUCCGUAUGGGAAAUUAUCCUGUGAAAAAAGUCCACGGGGAAGUGGCAGUGUGAACUAUUAUCCGCGUGGGAACUUGUGGACCUGUGGAUAGACGUCCGCGUGGUAAAUUGUCCUGUGGUGAUCUGUCCGUGUGGUAAAGUGUCCAUGUGGUGAAAUGUCCGUGUGGGAAAUUGUCCAAAUCGGGUAAUGUCUGCGUGGGAAGUGUCCAUGUGGUGAAAUGUCCGUGUGGGAAAUUGUCCAAAUCGGGUAAUGUCUGCGUGGGAAAGUGUCCAUGUGGUGAAAUGUCCGUGUGGGAAAUUGUCCAAAUCGGGUAAUGUCUGCGUGGGAAAGUGUCCAUGUGGUGAAAUGUCCGUGUGGGAAAUUGUCCAAAUCGGGUAAUGUCUGCGUGGGAAAGUGUCCAUGUGGUGAAAUGUCCGUGUGGGAAAUUGUCCAAAUCGGGUAAUGUCUGCGUAGGAAAGUGUCCAUGUGGUGAAAUGUCCGUGGGGAAAUUGUCCAAAUCGGGUAAUGUCUGCGUGGGAAAGUGUCCAUGUGGUGAAACGUCCGUGUUUGAAAUUGUCCAAAUCGGGUAAUGUCUGCGUGGGAAAGUGUCCAUGUGGUGAAACGUCCGUGUUUGAAAUUGUCCAAAUCGGAUAAUGUCUGCGUCGGAAAGUGUCCAUGUGGUGAAACGUCCGUGUUUGAAAUUGUCCAAAGCGGGUAAUAUCUGCGUGGGAAAAUAUCCAUAUCGGGUAAUGUCUGUGUGGGGAAUGUCCGUGUGAGGAAUUGUCCAUCUGGUGAAAUAUCCUGCAAUCGUUGUUCGGGAUCCUUCACUGAUAUGUUUCACGCCCUGGUGCCCAUGUCAAGUCUGGAUAUUGUCCUUGUUGUUAGUAUAUAUUAUCAGUGUACAGUCAUACUGUAACGCAUCAUGUAUACGUGUCCUUCUACCACGGUGCAAUUUUUUGUGCACAUCAUAAAAUUUCUGAUAAC